AUGAACUCUUUUGAUAUCAAUGAUGAAAAAUUACUAGAUUGUUAUAAUUUGAAGACUCUAGAUCCUUCAGAGUCAUGGGAGCAGGAUUCCAGUCUUCUAAUCAAUCUAGAUCGGUGGCAGGAUAUCUCGCCCAAUGAAGAUAACUCAUAUGACAUCCUUAAAGAUUUGCUUAUCCAACAACAAAAUACCAAUGCAUUAGAGACUGCUCUGUCAUUAAACGAUGCAUCUCUCAACCAUGUUCGUGAUCCAUUAAAUAACGAAAGAAUGCUGCCCCUAUUGGAUAAAUUGGGCAUUUCGGAACAUACCAGGCUCAAAUACCUAAUAAAUAGUAAGACAUUUGAUGUCAAGGCAUUUCUUAGAGAUGUUCAUAAUACCGAUAGUUUCGAGGACCUUUCUUAUUCCCUAGACAUUCUGGAUAAAACUCUGCAGGAACAGUCUCAAGAUUUGAAUGAAUUAGUACAGGCAAAUUUCACCAAAUACGUCAGAAUCAAGAAUAGGCUUGAUCAAAUCUACGAGCAGUUUUCCGAGAAGUCUAAUUCCUUCACUGAUGGUGAUGACACUAAACAGUUGGACGUUGACAGGCUAGGUGAAAGAGUUGACGAGUCAAUUAGAGUCACGACAUUGAAAUUAAAGCCACUUCUCAAAUCUUCACAAAAACUCAAGAGUUACGAAUUCACUAAGAAGUUCAUUGAAGAAAAUAAAGAUUAUUUCAAUUUGCCACACAUUUUAAGAACACUACUUGAUAAAAACGACUAUCCCAAUCUAAUGUUUGAAUAUUCAGGAGCCAAGGACAUUCACAGUAAACUGAAGGAUGAAUAUACUGUUAAAAAUAGCUCUGAUGAAAAUAACACUGAACAGGUUCCUAAAAUAAUCGCAAAAAUUUGGGUUGAAGUCGAGAAAAUAAUAGAUAACUAUAGGCAGCAUACUUGGAGAAGCUUGAUUACACCAACCAAAGAUGAAGCACAGCAGAACUUUUUGCCGCUUAUAUCUAAAUUGUUAGAUUUGAACGUCAAAGAAAGCCCGAUCAUGGCUUGGAUUAGAACUCGUCUAGAUCACUUUGAAGCCCAGCUGAACGAAAUAUCUUCACAAAUGCUACCUAAAAUAAUCCAAUCCCAACGCAAAAUAAUACAAAAUGGCAUUGACAGUAACGACGAUUCAAAUUCAGCAAUCGUAGACGGUGUUGAUUUAUCUCACUAUCUUUACAUCAACCAACUCUCGCAAGGCUCCGAGUCCAGCAACCAAUUUGCUACACUUUCCGGAAUUCAGACUCUAACCGACUCUACUCUAAUUGUUGAAACAUGGCUCAUUUUUCUAAAGUACCUCAAGUCGUUGGAAGAUGUAUGCAUGAAAUUCAUAGAGGUUUGGGAACACGUACAGAAUUUUUUAACUGGGGCUUACCAAACGUCUUUGCUCAAUGAUAAGAAAAAGGACGAUAUACUAAUUGGUAGUGAUGCUAUGAAAAAUCAUAAAGGAUCGCUUCAACUAGAAGAAGCACAAGUUAACGAGAUAAGAUCUCGUGGUGAACAUUUCGUCAGUUUGCUUUACAGUAAGUUAUUAGCCUUCUUUAAGCCGUCACAAGAUGAGCUUUUACAAGGGAAGCUUUUAGAAGAGGAAAACGGCAGCAGUAGUAAUGUUUACAAGGAAACUGGUUCACCCUCAGAUUAUGGUUUUGUACCCCUGAGAGCAAAUGGUCUGAGUUGUUUAAGAUAUUUGCCAAAAAUGAUUGAACCACUUUUAAAAUACAUUACGGAACUAGCACAACUUGGAAUAAGUUCUAAGAUUUUGGAUAGCUCUAAAAGAGUUGCUUCCAUUAUAACAGAUCGUUGUAUUGGUGCCAUUGCUUCUACAAAGCUAAGAGAUAUUUCAAAUUUCUAUAAAUUAGAAGAUUGGACUGUGUAUGAGACAGUGAAAGGGACGGAGUCUUCCUUUACUGAAUAUGGUGUUACCCAAUUUCCUGAAAUUGUUCUUUCUUACCAGGAGUCUAGUAUUAGAGUUGUGAGGGAUCUUCUGUUCGCUUUCGAGAGGUUACCUGCCUUCAAUGGAAUAUCUGUCGUUGGCUAUCCUUCCAGACAAGCUCUCACAGCUGUGGAACUUCAACAACUAAUUUCCAUGGAAGCCAUUUUAGAAGCCGUCUUGAAAAAUGCAGCUAAGGACAAGUAUAACCCAAGAAAUUCUCAUACAGUACUAACUUUGACAAAUCUUCAAUACAUCAGAGAGGUUACCUUCCCUCAAAUUUUGCAGGUUUUUGACGACGCAUUCGAAUGGAAUCUGAAGGGGAAAAAUCUGGAACUCUUUUCCCUCCUAUUCAAGAUGGAGUCAUCAAUUUUUGGCAAUUACUUAUCUGAUUUGAAGGUUAACAUAAGAGAUGUUUUAGAGGUUAAGUUCAAUGAAGUACAAUGGGCCACAUAUUCCUCCAACUCAUUCAGAGCUGGUGACUAUACUAUAGAUGUUCUCAUGCUUUUAGUGACCAUUCACAGUGAAUGUUUUAGAAUAGGUCCCCAGCUGAUCCACAGGAUUCUACGAGAAGCACAAAUUUUCAUAUCGAAGUUUUUAUUCGAAUCUUUCAAACCUUUCAUUGGGAACUUGCCAUCAGAUGGUUUGCUGCAGGCCACUGUUGAUUUACAGUUUUUCCAGAGGGUCUUAGGACGUUUGCUAGAGAAAGACACAGAAGUCACCUUAACUGCCUGUUUACAGAACUGUUUCCAAAAUAACAUCGAAAGGAUGCAGCGCUGCAUCAAGGAAACAGAACCUAUCGUAAGUGCUAAUUUAGCAAGAACAAGCAUUCAAUUCGCUGCGUUUAAAUAG